AUGCGUGGUGCUUACCUCCUCCCGGUCCUCGGGCUAGCCGCCGCCCCCUACGUGGAUGCGCUUCAGCUGCACCGCCGCGAUGUGCCUGCUACCGUCCAUAUUCCCAUUGAGCGGAAACCUUUCACUCAACCAAGCCGGAAGAGAGACUCUACUGUUGACGUAACGCUUGAUAAUCAUGGCGACACUUACUAUACCCUCAACCUGACUAUCGGGACACCUCCACAGAAGGUGGUCCUGUCUCUGGACACCGGUAGCAGCGACACUUGGGUGAAUUCCCCAGACUCGGACGAGUGUUCGGCCAAGAGCAACCCCUGCGAGCCUUACGGGACAUACGACUCCGGCGCCUCGUCAAGUUACAAGAAACUCGCCACUUUUAUGAACGACACUUACGGAGACGGGACGAAUUCUUACGGUAACUAUGCGACCGACAAUGUCACGAUUGGGGGGACGACAAUCAAGUCGAUGCAGUUUGCUGUCGCUGAGAAGUCGAGCAGUGCCCAGGGUAUCGCUGGCGUUGGAUAUGCGCGCGCGACUUACCAAGAAGAGUACGAUGGUAAAGUGUACUCCAAUCUGCCCCAGGCGUUGGUCGACACUGGCGCCAUCAAGUCACCCGCCUACAGCGUAUGGCUCGACGACGAGGACGCGACGACGGGCUCCAUUCUCUUUGGCGGCGUGAAUAAAGCCAAGUACGUCGGCGAGCUGCAAACCCUGCCCAUUGUGCCUCGCGACGGCCAGUACGUGUCCCUGGCCAUCGCCCUGACCGAAGUGUCCGUGGAGAAGAGUGGCUCCAGCUCCAAGAAGUACACCACCAGCCUGCCCCUGUCCUGCAGCCUCGACACCGGCACGAGUAUGACUGCGCUCCCGGAGGACCUCGUCAACGAGAUCUACAAGGAGCUCGACGCCGGCUACUCCACCAAGAGUCAAGCCGCUUACAUCGCCUGCAGCGCCAUGGAGAAGGACUACAACGUGACCUUCGGCUUCUCCGGUGCCACCGUCACCGUCCCCAUCAGCCAGUUGGUGCUGCCCUAUACUGAGCCCGACUUUGCGCAGGGGGACUGUAUCCUAGGAAUUGUGCCCAGUCAGGCUGGCAUGAAUCUUCUGGGCGACACCUUCCUCCGUAGCGCCUACGUGGUCUAUGACCUUGCCAACAAUGAGAUCUCGGUGGCUAACACUAACUUCUCGCCCGGCAAGGAUGAUAUCCUGGAGAUCGGAACGGGGACCAACGCCGUGCCGGGAGCUACGCUCAUGCCGUCCGCUGUUUCGUCGGCAACGGGCAACGGGGUGGAACCCACCGGGACGGGUGCUGUGUCCGGGCCCACGGUUAUGGUCUCUGGGACCGUGACCCUCACCGAAGGGGGCAGCCAGCCUACCGCCACGGGCACUGCAGCCUCCGUUGAGAGCACCUCGUCUGAGGCGGGGGCAGUCGCUCUCCCUACGAGCAACUCGGGCCGACUUCUGUCGGGUUUGGCGGGUGUUGGAUUGCUUCUUGCACUUUAAGCUGUGAUGUCUGCAUGCAUUGACACCUUGCCUUGAACCACGUUCACUUCAAGUGCCU